AUGCUCAGCCUCGCCAUUGUCAUUGCCAUUGCUGCAUCUGCCGCUGGCCUCUUCAUGCUGUCGGGAAUCGUGGGGAUUGUGGUAUGGAUACGGAUACGCAAAGAGCGACAUGCAAUGAAGAUGCUCGGCCUCAGAGUACCGGAGAGAUCACGGAAAGUCAAAGUCUUCCCUGGGGACACCUUGACCGAACUCUCACUCAAUGAGAGCAACGCCUUGAAAAUCCAUGGUGGGCUACCAUAUGGAAAGCCAACCGAAUGGGGGCAAUUAGCUUCGCGAGAGUCUCUCCCUCGACCGAAACCUGAUCCUGAAACCUCAUGGCCUCUGAUGGAUCGGGCAAGAUCCCUUCGAAACUCGAUUCGCAGAGCUCGCUCGAAACGCUUCAAUCGUGCAGGCCAACGGCAAACAUCAUCUAUGGCGACAGUGAGCGAGACAGGGGCGAGUCAAGACAAUAUCCCCUUGUCGGCUGUUGAAGGCAUCUUGGAGUUACCAGCAGAGCAGACACCACGGCAUACUCCAGAGAUUCCGCUAGAGGGUACCGGUUUCCAUGUCGGUAUGCGACCCAUGUCUCCUGCGGGAGAUUGGCCUGCACCUACUCAACGCUCUCGCCUUCAUGUGUUCCAUGGCCUGAAUAGCUCGAUGACGAGUAACGUGUUGGAUCCAGUUCCAAUGCUGAGCAGAGGGUCUCCGACGCGAGUUCGUGGUGGAAGUAUCAUUAGCCAAACCGCUGGACACGUCCCUGAUCAGUCCGUUCCCCCGCCACCGCCGCCAGCCGCCCUGAGCCAGGAGAGAUUCAGUUAUCUUCGAAACGACUCGGUGAUGCGUCUGUCAUCAAUGAGUAUUGAUACCACUAACAGUUCGAUCUUGGAAGAUGCCAAGGUGGCUUCCCGAUCGGCAGAUGCUGAUGUUGUCUCGCCCAUUUUUCCAUCAGCGGGCACUUGUGUACCCUACAGCGCAAAUGAUGUUGGCGUGGCGAACGGCCGACGAAGCUAUAUCACGGCAAAUACAUCGAUGCCUCCAAAUUUUAUGAUACGAUCCUCAUCCAGUGCUAGUGCACCGAGGAAGGUCUCGGCAGAGAAGAUAUCCCCUCGUCGCAGCAUGACCACAGCCGCCCGCAACCCCAGCCACUCUAGCAUCGAACCUCAAACACUACCUCGGCGAAGCGAAUCACUUUCGUACGAUCAAUCUCAAAGGCGGCAUUCAUUACGUUCUGGGAACCAGGUUCCUAUGAACGUCCAUCGCAAUGACAGCAACCGAUCUUCUUCACGGACACCUACGUCUGGUGGUCUUCAUGCUGGCCGACUUCAACCGCACCAAUCGCCACUUUUCGGAUAUGAUACGCAUGACAAUGAUCCGUUCUACUGUGGUUCCCCAGCUUCCACAGGAUCGCUGUUCUCAGUCGGCUCGCCCAGUCAGCCGCGGAGCCGUACGCCACAAAGCCCAAUGCAGCGUUCCAGUCUGUCAAUGAAGGCUCCUCUUCACUCAGCAAUGGGAGGCUCCAACUCGCACCGGAAAAGUAAGGGUCACAGGCGUCAGAAUUGUGUCCGUAUCUCAAUCAAUCCGCCUAUGACUUUCGGAGGGCCGGCUUUCUCCCCAACUGUUGAGGAGGAUUCUGAAGACCUAGACGCCAUGGAAGAAGUAGAUCUUCGAGAGAGUGCGGUACAAAUGCCGUCCAACCCCCAGCCAGCUUGGUCACAGGAUUGGCAACGGUCUCAAACUCGCUCCGGACGCCAAGGGAGCAGUCGUCGCACUAAACCAGCAUCAUCGAGUUCGUUAGCUCCGCUGGCUGAAGAGCCGCAGUCAAGCUUGCAGACAAGGGUUCCGUCCAAGAAGAGAAAGAAGGCAUCGUCGGAUCUUACUGAAGAUGAGCCUGUGUUUGUUCAAGGUCAUGGCCUAUCUAGCACAUCCAUCUCUGUUCCGCCGCCUUACGAAGUCGAUCAUUCCGGUACACUGCCCUCGGGACGAAUGCCGAAGGCCUGGGAAGGGAUGGACGGUCGGUCGUCUGGAUUCGCUGAAGAUCCGUUCCGUCAAAAACCAGGUGGUCCACGUACACCUCCCCUUCACCCAAGACCUGAUGAACAACGGUUCAAGCAGUCAUCUCGUAAAGGCUCCACGCAUGGCGAGAGCCCAUCAACGUCCCUCGGGAGUUAUGUACCACCCAUUGUUCAUUCACGAGGGGAUAGCGGAGUACGAGAGAAUUUGCGAAACUCGACAGAUUCCCUAUAUGCCAGCCCCGGAUCUUAUCGCCAAGCUCGUGACUCCCAGACUUUCUCGGUCAAUGAAAUUUGUUCAGUCUCGCGUUCUACAUCAUCAAACCUUCCUGUUUCGCCAAUACGUCCUGUAUCACCAUUGGAAGUCCUCAAGACCCCAGGAGCUCGAGAAAAGGUGACCAUCUGGGAAGAUGCCAAUCGCAGUGCAUCGCCCACCAAGCGCGGCUCGACACAAUUCGCGGCCGGCUACACCUUCCAACUCGAGACUAACCUUUCACCCUCAUAUGCCAGAAUGAGUGUGCCACGGUCGCUUUCCAAGCGUGAAGAGCAAUCCCCUUCUCGUCCUUCUGGCAGUUGUGCUGCCCCAAGCCUCGCACCUUCUCGUCGUGGCCUUAUGACGCCAACGAGAAAGGGACUUGGUAUCGGCGUCACUUGCGCGACACCCGUCAGUCUUUAUGACGGUGAUGGAUUUCUGAAAGAAUAA